AUGCCCCUGGACGUAAUUCCGUGGUCUGACGGGCAGAACGAGCCCCAGAGGCGUCGGUCUGCGAGGUUUAGUCCGAACUCAAGUGACCACACCAAAAUGGCGCCUUCUGCAUCUGCGGUGAAAAGACGUAUCACUGUGAAGAAGAUUGCCCCCAGAAAGACGACCUUAGGCCCAUCUGACCACAACAAGGAGAACACUCAGAGGGGACAGGAUUCAGACGUGUUAGCAGAAACCAAGAAGCAGAAGUUUUCCACACCAGACAGGGUCCAGAAGAGAAACAGCAGCAGCUCGUCAGGAAAGAAGCAGAAAAGGACUGUCUCGGUCCCGUCCCCCAUUGUCCCAUCUCCAAAUGUCUCUGCAAAAUCCAAUGGCAGGAGCACCAGAAUCCAGACCAGAAAUCGGACCUCCUCACUACAGCCCAAAGAUGGGGUCCAGACCUCCACAGUGGGGCCUAAAGCCCAGGUCCAGACCCCCACAGUAGAGCUCAAAGACCAGGACCAGGCCCAGACCGAGCAGCCUGACCCAGCGGCCCUAGUCUGGUCUCAGAAAGCUCGUCGCUCCUACAGCCGUCUCAGCGUCCACUCACUGAACAGCCCAAACUCUCGUCUUUCUCUGUUCGGGUUUGAGAAGCUGCAGACCCCUGAGGUGGUCCGCUGGGAGAACCAGAGGGAGAACCGGAGUGGUCUGGACGGGUCCCCCUCUGCUUUGGCCUCCUUCACCUCUCUGCUGGAGGGGGAGGAGUGUGCACUAGAACCAGACCUUAACAUCCCUGGAGUUUCUCUGGUCAAAGAGAAGAGGAGGAGGAGGAAGAAGGUGCAGCAGAUGGGAGAAAGCGAAAUGGACGAGAUGGCGGCAAAAAUGAACGCAGAGUUCGAGCGGGCAGAGGAGUUCCAGCUCAUUGUGGAGUAA